AUGCGGUUCACGUCCUUCACCCACAUGAUCAGCUUGGCUGCCCUGGCUAGAGUUCAGGCCAAACCUUUCCCUCAGGAUGGCGAUCUAAAUCUACCAACGCAUACAGUCGCAAGUGUCAACCAGGCAGGAUCAUGGUUAGAGAACCUUGCCGUACGUCCCAACGGAGAUCUCCUGGUGACGAUGAUGGUGCCAGAUUCCACGCUUUACCAUGUCCAGUCCCCCGGUUCUGCAAAUGCACAGCUCGUUCCGCUCUACAAGUUCCCCAACGCCACGGGCCUUGUGGGCAUUACAGAGCUCGGUAACGAUAGAUUUGCGGUGAACAUGCAUAACUUCUCAUCAUUCGUGACUCCAGUUGCCGACACUGGAGCUGUGUGGGAGAUUAGCUUCUCAAACACCCACAAGGAUGACUUCACUGCCCGGAAAGUGACUGUCAUCAAGGGAGCCGGAUUUCUGAACGGGAUGACUCCUUUCACAACGAAGAACAACAAGUCACCCAAGUGCAAGGCAGAGACAAGUCUCAUCGUGGCGGAUUCCUACGCGGGGGUCAUACGCCGCGUGGACCUCUCAACCGGAACCUAUGAGACAAUUCUUGAUGCCCCCGAGCUGAAGCCCGGAGCGGACAGUCCUUUUGGGGUUAAUGGUGUCCACGUCAGGGGUGAUCAUCUCUACUUUACAAACACGGCUCUUCGUGCGCUCUACCGCAUCGCAAUUGACUCGUCGGGCUUUCCUUUGAAGAAUGCUGCUGUGGAAGUGCUCCUCUCGUUGCCUGAUAUCGCCAUUAUUGACGACUUUGCCUUCGAUAAGAAGGGAAACAUUUGGGCAGCAGCGUCAAGCAAUAACACCGUACUGGUGAUCUAUAAGAACGGGGGAUCCAAGGAGUAUAGCACCUACAAGUCUGCUGCGGGAGAGAUCACCUCUCUCGCCCUUGGGGGAGUAACAGCGACAGCCUUUGGAAAGGGGGGUGAUUCACACACGCUUUUCGCGUCGACUUCUGGUGCCAGCGCUUUUCCUGUCAAUGGCACAGCGACCGAGCCUGGGAAAGUUGUGGCUGUUGAUCUGUCUAGUGUCCUGUAG